AUGCUGCGCGUCCAUUCUCUCGCCCGUCGCGCGUACUCGGUAGCCGCAAACAAUGCUGCUGGCCCGGGUAUCCCGCCGCCGCUCAAGGGCAUCCGUAUAUUGGACUUGACGCGCGUACUUGCCGGUCCAACCGCGACGCUCUUGCUCGGAGACUUGGGCGCAGACGUCAUCAAGGUUGAAGAGGUCUCGCGCGGGGACGACACUCGCAGCUGGGCGCCUCCUGCAGCGCCUCUGAGCCCCGAUGCUCCCGCCGCAUCGUCGCACUUACCACCCGAGUCGGCGUACUUCCUGUCUGCGAACCGCAAUAAGCGCUCAAUCACCGUCAACUUCAAGCGCCCGGAAGGCCUCGAGAUCUUGCACAAGUUGAUCAAGACGAGCGAUGUCCUGGUUGAGAAUUAUGUCCCUGGCAAGCUCGCGCAGAUGGGUCUUGGGUACGAGGAUGUACGGAAGAUCAACGACCGCAUCGUCUAUGCUAGUAUCACCGGUUACGGUCAGACGGGCCCCUAUCGCGAAGCUCCUGGCUACGACGUCGUGAUUGAGGGCGAGGCUGGGCUCAUGCAUAUCACUGGCGAGCCCGACCGUCCACCGUCUAAGGUCGGCGUCGCUGUGACGGAUAUCGCGACCGGCCUGUACACCCAUGGCGCAAUCAUGGCCGCUCUCAUCUCGCGCCAGCAAACCGGUAAAGGUUGCUGGAUCGACGCGAACCUCUUUGAAUCGCAGCUUGCCGGCCUCGCCAACAUCGCCUCGAACUACCUGAUUGCGGGCGCGCAAGCUGGACGUCACGGUACCGCGCACCCGUCUAUCGUACCCUACCAGGUCUUCCCGUGCAAAGACGGCUACAUUAUGAUCGGCGCUGGAAACGAGAAACAGUUUGGCAUUCUCGCGCGGAACGUUCUGAAGCGGCCAGAGCUUGCGACCGACGCCCGCUUCAGCUCGAAUGCCGCCCGCGUUGCUCAUCGCGCCGAGCUGGUGCAGUUCAUUACUGAUGUGCUCAUGGAACACGACCGCGCGUACUGGCUCGACGCGUUCAAGGGGCAAGGGGUUCCCCAUGGCCCGAUCAACAAUAUUGAGCAGACAUUCGAGCACCCGCAGGCGCUCGCGCGCGGUGCAGUCGUCGAGGUCGAUCAUCCUCGUGCUGGUCCGAUCAAGAUGGUCGCGCCUGCUGUCAGCUAUAAUGGGAAGAAGAUGCCCGUUACACGGCCCCCGCCCUGGCUUGGGCAGCAUACUGAUGAGGUUCUUACUGAACUGGGUUACUCGGAAGGCGAUAUUGUAUCUUUGCGGGCAGCAAAGGUGGUUCAGAGUUUCACUUCCAGUAAGACCAUAUCACGCAUGUAG